GAGCGCCUCGAGGGAGUUCCAAUCCGACAACACGUGAUUCCUUUGAUGAAAGUGUUUGCCGAGGCCCAUGGCACUUCCUGGGAUGAACUCAACAGGAUCUUGGAGUCCAAAGAUGUCACCAAGGUGGACUUGGAAAAUCCAGCAGUUCGCAGGGUGCUGCGCAUGGGCGAAAUCACUGAAUGGCAAAGCCGCUUGCUGAGUCUAGGGAUCCAGGCACGAAACUGCGUUGGUAGGAUAGUCGGCGGUUGUGCUGAGGGCGUUUGCAAGGUGGAACCUCCUCGUUGGAGCAAGUGCAUUCCAGUGCCUUUGAAUGGGCCGCGCUUCGCCAGGCUCCUUUACGAUGUGCAUGGCUACGAGAUUUUCCAACUUGGUCUCUUCAACUCGGAUCCGCAUGCUGGCAAUGUCUUCAUGAUGCCAGAUGGCAAGCUCGGGCUUAUCGAUUACGGGGCCUGUAUGAGGCUCACCGCUACGCAGCGAACUUGUAUCGCCAAGUUGCUGAUCGCCAUUGCAGACGAAGACGACGAAGCAGUACCUCCAGCAUUUUGGGCCUGCGGCUUUCGCAGCAAGAACCAGGAUCCGCGCCUGGCUUUGCUGUUGGCCCAUGUUUUCUUCAACAGGGGCCCGUAUCCUUACGACAUGAAUCGCUUGGAGCCCAAAGUUGGCAUGCCAGUAGACAUUGACAUCAUGACGCUGGAUUCUUACUUGAGGGGAGGUGAGCUCGAUGACAUCGAGGACUUCCCAGGACAUUUGGUGAUGCUCCAACGUUGUGCCAUGGUGCUCUCCGGCUUAGCCUUGGAGCUGGGCGCAGGACGUUUGUCUUCCGCGCAAAUGCUCAAGCCGCAGGCAGAGCUUUGGCUGCUGCAGUGA